CUGUAUGAGAAAUAGGUAGUAGGGCUAAGCAGAAGAAGCAGAAGCAGUUCUCGUGGAGGUUAUGCGGCGCUUCAUCUGUCCGAAUUCGUUAGUUUUGGUUUACAAUGCCGUCCUUUAGAUGCCUCGUGUCUUGGAUUCCAUCACUAUCCCAAGAAAGUGGUCGAAUUUUUUUCCUGGGAAACAGAGGAUUUAUUGAUUUCCCGUGCACUCAAAAGCAGCAGACUCGAGGGGCUAAGACAGAUGCACCAAUUCAAGAUUCCAUUUUGCUUGGAGAAGAGGAUGAUCCAUCUGCAGAGGAUGAAAGGAUACAGAAAAUAAGAGAUAUAUCUGGGCUGCGACCGUCUCACAGAAACAUUGCCAACCGCGUGCUACCAUCGGAAGAAAAAACUCUUCCCCAUGAGUUCACUGUGCGAUACAAUAAGAAGAUGUUUGGUCGGUAUGGCUACGAGUCUGGAGUAAACCCCUCUAUAUGCUGGCCUUCUAAAUAUGAAUUGGAGGACAAGAAAGAAUAUGAAUCGGUUGCCUACCCCUACACUAUCGCUGAAGUUGCUGAGCGUGAAAGAGCUAAAAAGAAGCAAUUAGAGGAGGAAAGGAUGGAGAGAGAUAAACAAAUAACUGAAAAUGUCAAAAAGAUGUUGAAAUUGAAAGAGGAGUUCAUACAGAGACAAGAAAAACACAGAGCAGAUACCGAAGCUGCCAAGGCAUUCAAGACUCGCUUGAUCGAAGAAGUUCGACUUCAUUUCAAUUAUACUGUGAAUGAGCGAGACGAGAAGUUUAGAUUAGAGCUGAAGGAAAGAGCAAGGCAGCUGAAGGAAAAAGAGAAACUGUCUAAGAAAACCUCCAAGAAAGAGAAACUAGCUGAGGAAAAGGCUGCUAAAUUUGAGUAUCAAAAGAAAAAAUUGUUAGAAGAGGAAGCUAAAAGGGCAGCCAAGAAGGCUGAAGAGUUGUAGCAAAUUCUGAUGUUCUGUUAGACCAGUCUGAUUCAUAUGCUGGAGUUUUGAGCUGUUCAAUUUGUAGACUGCUGAUUUUGUAAAUAAAUUCUGUUUUAUUUGGCCUUGUU